UCAAACUUAUACGUCUCAAUGAUCGAACACGCAACUAAUUCUACCUCCAUAACUGAAAUCUUACUUCCAAAAUGAAAAUCUAGUGACGAACUCUUUUAUUUAACAAUGCAAGGAAGUUUCUCUUAUGAUAAAUCCUGUCGCUGAUACUCUACUAUUUAAAAAAAAAAAAACAAUGCAAGAAAAUGUAUGAAAUGAUGAAUCUAGCCACUAUUAUUAUUUUUGAAAACGUACAAUGAAUGUAGUAGUUUGAAGAGUACAAACAAAUAUAAUAUGGGUAAUCUUAACACUAUUACCAAAAUAAAAUAAAGUAAAUGGUUCCAACAAACACGUGUCAAGUUUUGUCCGGCGGUGUACGUUGCCCAAGCGUGCUUACAUUGGCCCGGUCGUUGCUGUUCGCUGCAGCUUCACCUGCUCUUUUAUUACUCGCCAACUCGUUCCAACCAUUCUUCACUUUUUUUAGUAUAUUACUUAAUCACUUUAUUCAAGUUGUCCCCAAUAAUGCGAUCAUUUUUUUUCUUUCUGGAAUUGUACUUAUUCACCUAAUGCUUGUAGUCAUGAAAUUUCCACGACCAACCUAUAAAGAAAUAGAUGAUGAUGAUAUAUCCAUUGGUUUCAAUAAUUCAACCAAUUAUAGAGUCUUUGCAUCUCUAUAUAAAACCCUCAAUUAAUUGUUCAGACAAGUCAAAGUGAUCAUCCAUAAAGUUUUUUUCCGGUUGGAAUUACAAAAAACAUGGCUUCUUUUGUCUCCCAAGAUGUUGCCGCUGAGAAAGUUGACGCCAUGAGAAGGUUCGAGAGAACGAGAUACUUUUGGAAGUUUCUUCCAGUGAUUGAAGCUCUUGUCGUCGUGUUACUUCUCCUCUCUUGGUUGACGCCGUCUCUUACCGUCGGUGAGUAUCUCCGGCGGAUUCUUGCCGGUGGUUGGACCGGCGGUGUAUUCAUAUUCUGCGUCGUGAACGUUCUCAUCGCCCUUAUUUUCUCCUUAUCUAACCACCACCAAAAAGUAACCGAACCCGAUCUGUAUUUUCAAUACGUUUCUUCCUCCGUAACCACCACUCCUCUCAGUGGCUUCUCCUCCGCUACUACUCCUCUCGGUGGUAGUUCUUCCUCCUCCACCGUAGUCUCAGAAUCUCCGGCGUCUGACAACGUAGAAAAGACUUCAGGAGAAAAGUUACGGUCAACGGACUUGACCUCCGUUACACGAACCGCUGAAGAGGCUCGACCGGUGAGGCGAGAGAUGGUCCGGGCGGUCAGUUCCGUGACGGAGACAGCUCAUGCUAUAAGAAGGAAGCAUGAAAUGACGUUUCUGCCCCCAGUCGCUACUGAGAGUAGUAGUGAUCAUCAGGUUUACAGGAGGUCGAGAUCAGAGAGGCUUGAUGUGCGGGGAGAGUUUCGUAGGAGCAUGAGACGGUUGUGUGACAUGGAUGAUCUGAGUAGUGAUGAGUUUAGAUCGACUGUGGAGACAUUUAUAGCUGGGAAGAAGAAGAUGCUGUUGAAGGAAUGGAUGAAGCCGUGAAAUAUUAUUAGGAACACGACUUCUACCAAAGGCUUUAACGUUUCAUUUUGGAUACAUAUUAUAUAAUUUCUUGUGACUAUUAGUGAGUUUCUCGUACGUUCCAUUAGCAUUUUCACUUCCUUGGUCAAAACGUAAGAUACAUGUAAUCGAAAGAUAACAGCUACCAUCCUCAGAAGUCAGAACUAUCAUUUUUAUUUUUUUGAACAAAAUCUACAAUUUUCCA